AUGAUGCCUGGCGGAAUAUUCCUACAACGCACGGCUGCCUUUGUGGUGGGGACAAUUUCCUCCAGAGCCAUUGGUGGUGGAAGGAUUGUCAUUGCAGCAAAGUCUACCAAUCCAGUCAGUCUGCUGCAAGUGCGAGGAGGUGGUAUCUCACAGCCGGCAUUUUUAUCGAGUGCUACUACCAGUACCAGUUUGGCGGCCACUCUUUCACAAACUGCCGAAUCAUCGACCACCAGUUCCGAUGCCAGUAGUGACAGCAAUGACAGCAAUGAAGAUGAAGAGCAACCAGAUCACACACUAGCCAGUAUGUCCAUUGUGGGAUCUUCGGUUCAAUCUGCAUUGUUCAAUGACGACGCUUCCCUUCCCUAUUUGGAUACCACGGACUGCAACGAAUUCAGAGUAUUGUUUGUACUGGGUGGGCCAGGGGCAGGAAAAGGCACUCAAUCGGACCUGAUCAAAGCCAACUAUCCAUGUGUCCAUUUAUCCGCCGGGGACUUGCUUCGAGCUGAAACCAAAAAGGAAGAAUCUCCCCACAGGGAAUUGAUUGAAAAUUGUCUCGUUUCGGGAAAUAUUGUUCCCGUCGAAAUAUCCCUCACGCUCUUACAGAAUGCCAUGGCGGCCGCCGCCAAUCAAUUUGGUGAGGAUCUCAUUUUUCUCGUGGAUGGAUUCCCCCGCAAUUACGACAAUUUGGAUGGAUGGAUCCGGUGCAUGACCAACGAAAAAGUAGCCACCGUCUGGGGCGUACUCAACUACCAGUGUCCAUUGGACGAACUGGAACGACGCAUUCUGCAACGAGCCGCCGAAGGUUCGGGACGAUCCGAUGACAAUCUACAAAGUGCUCGGAAGCGAUUCGCCACAUUUGAACGGGAUACCGUCCCCGUGGUGGAGACGCUGCGGUGCGUACAGACACUGCUCGACAAGAACAAGCGACCCGCGUUGGAUGUGUUUGAUAUUCGAGGCGAUCAAUCCAUUGAAGCGGUGUGGAAAGAGACCCAAACGGCCAUGAAUCAAAUCAUCUCGUACGAUGUCUUGACGGCACAAUCGCGGCUCUUACAAGCCAUUCAAACACAAAAUGUGGAAUUGUAUCGAUCACUCUGUACCAAUGAAUGGUUUGCGACCGAAAAGGAAACGGCACAACAAGUCAUGACGCGACAAGAAGGUGGUGUUGCCGGACCACUGUCGAAUGCAAAAAUCCAGUUCAUUUCAGGUACCAAAGUGGCCGUGACAUAUGAUCGGGUCAUUCAGAAUAACAGUGAUAAGGAGGAGGAGGGCAUUACGGUGCAAGAAAAACGUAUAUGGUCUCAUCAAGGCAAAGACGGAUGGAAGAAUAUUCACUUUGAAAGACUGCCACAACAGUAA